UUGAACCCGGGGUGCGUGACUGGCUGCUUGAAUCAAGUCCCACUAAUUAAGGAUGGGGUGCUCGAAUGGCUGUGUGCACCGGUGUGGGCACUGUGGGCACCUGGGACUGUUCACUGGGUCUGUAGCAGUCUCUGUCACUGGAUGGGAAAUGCUGGCUGGGUGAUGGAUGGAGGGAGUGAGUGAGUGACCGUGCACAUCUGCUGACUGCUGACUGUGUGUGUGACAGAGAUGGUGUGUCCAGGGAGUGUGAGUGUGUGUGCAUGUGCGCGCACUCGCGCUCGUGUGCUCGCUGGAGUGUUCGUGUGUGAGAUCAGGCCUUGAAGAGGCCCUAGGGACAGGGAGCAGGGGAGGGUGCGGGGAUCUGAGAGAAGGGGGGCAGGGGCGGGGCUGCCCCCAGGGUGCUCUAGCAGCUGCUCCCUCCAGCCUCAGCCUCAGCCAUUGAGGCAGAGAAGGAGCAACAGCCCCUCUGUUCCCUCUCCCUUUGUCCCACUGUCUCUAGAGCAUCUGUAGGAGCAUUAACCCCUUCCUCACCACAACAAUGUCCAACAACAUGGCCAAGAUUGCUGAGGCCCGAAAGACAGUGGAGCAGCUGAAGUUGGAGGUCAACAUUGAACGCAUGAAGGUGUCCAAGGCUGCGGCCGAGCUGCUGGCCUUCUGCGAGUCGCAUGUGAAGGAGGACCCACUGGUGACUCCAGUGCCUGCCGCCGAGAACCCGUUCCGCGAGAAAAGACUUUUCUGCGUCCUGCUCUGAGCCUCCCAGCCCCCCUAAGCGAAAUACCCCAAUAAAGGCAGUGACUCCUC